GAAGAUGGGCCGUUGACAAGAGAAGAAGCCCUGUGGCUAUCUUGAGCUAGCAAAGUAACGUUACUUGGGCAUAUUUGGUUACUUAAUAUUUGAAGGUGUUGUUGUGUGGCUGUGUUUUUCUCUCGCCAUCUUCGAAAAUGAUCCUUACAGUGAAACCGCUUCAAGGAAAAGAAUGUAGUGUACAGGUGACAGAAGAUGAGAAGGUCUCCACAGUGAAGGAACUUGUGUCUGAACGUCUCAACAUACCAGCAAACCAGCAGCGGUUGCUCUAUAAAGGGAAAGCGCUUGCAGAUGAGCACAGGCUGAGUGAUUACUCCAUUGGGCCUGAGGCUAAAUUGAAUCUGGUUAUCCGUCCAGUCGGGGAGAGGACUGGAGCGUCAGGGAUGGUGGCCAGCAGCAGCAGCAGCAGCAGCAGUAGUAGCAGCAGCAGCAGCACACAGGGAAGAGUGUGGCAGACUGUGUCUACUAUCCUUGCUAGACAUUUUAGUCCAGCAGAUGCAGCAAAAGUCCAUGAACAGCUUAUUAAGGACUAUGAACGUUCACUUCGACAACUUAGUCUUGAUGACAUAGAGCGCUUGGCUGGAAGGCUUCUUCACCCUGAUGGUGAGGCCAUGGACACCUCAUACAUGGACUAAGAUUGCCUAACAGGAAGUUGCUUAUUGUGAUUGUCUUUUGAGAGAGGUGCUUGGAGGUGCAUACAGUGUUUAGAAUGUGAGCCAUGCAAAAUACAGUAUGAGUUUUCUUGCAGAGGGCCCCAGCUGUGUGCCUAAUCAGUGGCUGAGUGAACACAGAUAGCACUGACUCUUGAUUAUCGCAGCAAUAGGGCUUUCUUAUCCAUGACCAAAGGACUUGGAUAAGAAAACUUCGCCUCUUUUGAAUUGGUCCUCGUCAUUGAUGUUGCAGUCAUGACACAAGACCUGAUCACAUAAUAUUUGAAUACAAAGGAAUCCAUUUAUGCUGGUGGUUUCACAUGAUCUCUGGCUGCUACAACUCCCAGCAGGACACUACCUUCUAUUUGUUAGUAAUGUCUUUGUGGGAUGAUCGCUGGGUGUUAACCAUCUGUGAGAAGGUAAUACAUGUUUUAUUCCGUAACUAACUGAUGUUCAUUGUAUGAUUUGUAAAUAUCAUGUUUAUAUAUACAGACAUUAAAACAGUAAAAAGAAGAAAAAGACUAG